UGGACAUGCGCAGAGUCGAGCUGUUGGGCAAACCGAGGACUGGCAAAGCCCAGCGGCGUGAAUUAAGGCGGCCCACGGCGCAACAGCGGCGCGUUCUUACAGGCUGAUUUGGCAGCCGUCCUUUCUCCACAUUGGCUUUCCCUCCCCGCGCCACUGACAGUCAAGCCCGGCUGCCGUCUCCACCCCACCCCCGGGCGCGCCUCUGGAAGCAGGCCCGCCCCUCAUGGCAGGGAGUCGCUGCAGCCCUUCGCUCGCCUCCCUCCCUCCCCUCUGAGGAAGCCGAAGUGUGCUGAUGUUGGCUGUGGGUCGUAAGGCUCCGACGGUCCAUUUCUCCAGAGGCGGCGGCGAUGAAGCUGACGAAGACUGAAGAUCCAGCGGGAGAUGCUGCCUUUGCUGCAGCCCGGACGACGUACAUCUUGGGGGUAGACGUGGGCAGCACCGUGAUCCGGUGCCACGUUUACGACAAGGGGGUCGCGCUCAGAGGCUCCGGUAGGAAGCAGGUAGAAGUCCUUCAUCCUCAGACUGGUUGGGUUGAAAUUGAUCCUGAAUGUUUGUGGACACAGUUUGUUGAAGUGAUUAAAGAGGCAGUCCAAGAUGCUGGAAUCCAAAUAAGCCAAGUUUCUGCUCUUGGAAUUUCGACACAGCGUGCAACUUUUAUUACAUGGAACAAGAAGUCAGGGAAACCUUUUCAUAACUUCAUAAGCUGGCAAGAUGUGAGAGCUGCUGAACUUGUAAAAUCCUGGAACAGAUCUUUCUUACUGAAGGCAAUGCAUGGUGUCUCUUCACUGCUGCACUUCUUUACUCGGAUUAAUCUAUUUUUGAUAGCAAGUUUGCUUACUUUCACAACACAGCAUGUCUCUUUAAGACUGGCCUGGGUUUUACAACAUAUAUCUGAGGUAGAACAAGCUGCUAAAGAUGAUAAUUGUUGUUUUGGAACAAUUGACACGUGGCUACUAUAUAAGCUCACAAAAGGUGCAGUGUAUGCUACAGACUAUUCAAAUGCCAGUACCACAGCAUUUUUUGAUCCUUUUAAGCUGCAAUGGAGUGUGCUUCUUAGCAAGUUGUUUUCCAUUCCAAUAUCACUAUUCCCUCCAGUAGAGGAUACAAGUCAUCACUUUGGAUCAGUUGAUGCUGAAAUAUUUGGAGUGCCUUUUCCAAUAACAGCUUUGGUGGCAGACCAGCAGGCAGCCAUGUUUGGAGAAUGUUGUUUUGAUGAAGGUGACAUUAAAAUUACCAUGGGGACUGGUUCAUUUUGGGAUAUUAACACUGGAAGCAAAAUUCAUGUAUCUAGGACAGGCUUGUAUCCAUUGGUUGGUUGGAAGAUCGGAAAAGAGCUGACCUACUUAGCUGAAGCCAAUGCUUCUGAUACUGGGAAUGCUAUAAAAUGGGCUCAAGACUUAGAUCUUUUUUCCAGUGCUGAAGAGACUUCAGAGAUGGCCAACAGUCUUGUAAAUUCAGGAGGAGUUUGUUUUGUUCCAUCUUUUAGUGGGUUACAGAUUCCAGUGAAUGACCCUUGUGCAUGUACUUCUUUUAUGGGGAUCACACCUUCCACCACCAAAAACCAUCUUGUUCGAGCUGUGUUGGAAUCUAUAGCUUUCAGAAACAAACAGCUGUAUGAUACCAUCGCAAGAGAAGUGGGCAUUCCACCCACAUCUAUUUGGGCUGAUGGAGGUGUCAGUAAGAAUAGUUUUAUAAUGCAGAUGACUUCUGACUUAAUUAAUAGAGAGAUAAACAAGUCUGUAAUUACAGACAUGUCUUGUCUUGGAGCCGCUUUUCUUGCAGGUCUUGCUGUAGGAUUUUGGAAUGACAAACAACAACUAAAGAAGUUGAGGCAAACUGAUGUGGUUUUUAAACCGCAGAAGGAGCCAAAGGAAUAUGAACUUGCCAUGGGUAACUGGAUAAAAGCUGUUAAACGUUCUCUCCACUGGUAUAGCCAUACAUAACAGUAAUAAUAAAUAUAAAUCUUUGCAAUGACGUAACCCACAGUGCUGAUUCCACUUUAGAGUUUACAGUAGAAGAUAUGGAGGCUCUUCUCAUGUGCAGCCAAAACCAGAUUAAGAAAGCCAAGCCUGGUCUUAUGUUUGGUCCCAGGGGAUAACUUCCUUUAAGACUGGAAACUCUCUGGCUUGGGUAGCCAGAAAGUAAUAGAAAGCAUUUCGUUCUUAUGAUCUGCUCUACUAUCUAAUCGAUUUAAGCGAAAACCUAAUCUAGAGUGGCUGCUUCCUCACUGAGCAUUGCUUCACACAGGAAAAAAAGAUUUACCAGAUUGGAGCUUUUUUUCUUUUGGAAUCAUGAUUUUCAUGUUUUAUCUAUCUCCCUGGAGAUUUUGAAUUCUGGCUUCUUGUGGGGAGAUAAAAUUAAUGAAUAUGAUCAGAAAUCAGACAUCUCCAUCUAAGAGGUGGGGAAUUUGUGGCAUGUUGUCCCUAUUGUGGAGUCCUGGAAAUCCCAGGCUUCAAGUUUUUAAAAACAACCACCACCCCCGAACCUAGUUUAGUUCUCAUGUUUAAGCAGUUAAUGUUUACACAUUCAAAGUUGGUCAGGAUGAUUCUCUUCUUAUCAGGAAGUGGAAGUCACUACACCUAGGACCUCUUGGUUCACAACUGUAUUUUUCUUGACCAUGCACACGUAUUUUACUUUCAGUGUUUAAAAUCCUAUUCAAAUAACUGUCUGCCCCUGCUCCAAUCUAUAUAAAAUGCCUAAGGAAGAACAUAUGUGAAUAAUAGUCCAUGUGCACAAAACGUUUUGGCCACUCAAAAUACCAAAACUAUUUUUAACACUUUUAACAGGGAAGUUUUUUAAAAGAUCAUAAGUAGUUGUUCAAAGAUAAACUCUAAAUAAUGGUCUUAGUGCAAUAAUUGUACAUUUGUAUGGAAUCCAAACAUCUUUACACAAGGUGGCAGUUUUUUAGCACUGGAACCUCAACAUAUUGCCACUGGCAAAAUAGAUUUUCCUCCAGCUAGAGAAAUUUUCAUGGAUACAUUUUUGGUGUGUAGGUUAGGUGUCAAAAUGUCAUCGAUAUCUGUUGGCCAGUGCCAACUCUUGUGCCAUUUUAUGCACUUUCUCAAGGAUUUUUGCUAUGUGUGGUGGGUGGAAUAGAAAAGGCAAUGACACACUCAUAAGAAAAGAUGAUACACAACUUUGGUAUGGAUCGAUAGCCAUCUCUUCCACAGUAAGGCAUUGCCUACAAUAUAUAACCCAUCCUACGGACACUACGGACACUGCUACAGAGAUACAGUGUGACUUGAUUAAGGAAAGGAGAAGUGGUUAGGAUGUGCCUUGCAGCAUCAUGUAGAAGCCCUUGGAAAAUGCGUACUAUAUGCACAUGCACUUCUGGAUCACAGUCUUAGUGUGCAACUGUAAUUUAUGUAUCAAAAUCCAAUUGUUUCUCUAAUAGCAGAAUCCAGAGUAGUGCUAUUUUAAAGUAGGGUUCUGGUUUUUUCUGCCAUAUAUUACCAUAGCAAUGGUCUUCAAGUGCCUGAAUAAGGACAGAGGUCCAACUGGGAAUUUUCCAUUAGAUAAUCUGUAUUAUAAUGUUUUCUCUGUAUCUAGAGCCAGGACAUCUAGUGAACCAUAUUUUUAUCCUUGUAAUAGUUUUAUUUUUAUACUUGGUCUGUUUAUGGAUAUGAAAUAUUGUGCCUGAGUUUACUUGACUUUGUGUAUUUAAGGAGAGACAAAGCAUACACAUGUGUGGAGAUAAACUAUGAAAGCCAGAGUUAUCUUUUUUCAUGUUGUAAGCCAAUUUUAUGACAGAAUGUUUACUUUCAAAUGCAACUUAACAAAUUUCUAAUUCUGUAAUAAAUCUUAUUGCAUUUCACUCAAUGAACAGAAAUUGUGAUUAAUUCUGUGUUGGAAACAUGUGUAACCAUUUAAUUUCAAAGAUUUAUAAGAACUGUUAGGUAACUUUCUUGGAGGCAUAUAUUUUAUAACUGAAAUUUGUUCUCUUGUGCUUUAGCACUUUACACUGUAACUGGAAAUUACUAGUACAGUUUGUUAAUGUAUGUUGCUGAUCAAGUAAGUAUAAUUGCAAGCUGGAAUUUAUUUACAGUUUCAAACUAGAAAUAUAGUGUACUUAUUCAUCAUGUAAUCUUAUAUGAUUCAAAAUUAUUAAUUUUGUAUUUUGCGACUUCCUUCUGGAAGGUGGUCAUGUUACUUCAGCAUUUCCCUCGUCAUGGAAAAGGCAGUUUCAAAUGGGAAUUUAUUUAAGUUAACAAGUAAAAUGUGCUGCUUAAUUAUCUAGAGUCAUAGUUGUCUAGAUGGCCCAUGUGUACAUUUUAAUACAAAUGUUGCCUUUUUGGGUUAGGUUUGGCUAGCUUGUCCCAACAAAGUGCUUUCCUCAAGAAUUUCCCCCCUGCUCUGCUUAGAGGUAUAUUGUUAGACUUCCCUUCCUCUGUUCUGAUUUCAGGAUAUAGAUUCCCUAGAGCUGCCUUUUGCUUGGUGAGAGGGGUGGGGGGAUUUUAAAAGCAAGAAGAAGCCAUUAUUCAUCAGUGCUGGAGAGUUUACUAUGUGAGAACAACAAACAUGGAUGAUGCACCACAUUGCAACUACAAAACUGCUUUCUAUCCAAAGAGUUCAUAUUCUGGCUUAUGCUGUCUCAAGACACUUGGGGCAAAUGCUCUAGACUCUUUGUGGGUGGGGAGUAGAGCUUUAAGAGAUUUACUGUAGCAGUUCAAUGAAAACAGGCUUUGUUGAGAAGUGAUAGCCUCCCACUUGCCUCUUCCUGCAAAUCAAAUAUAAUAAAAAGAGGGCUAAGUAUGUUUCAUCUGAGCUGUAACAGAAGGAGACUGAACUAAAAGCAACAUAAUUGCUGCUUCUAGGCUGAGUUAUCUUUGUAUGUGAAUUCUACUAUGCUAUAAAAGAAUGAUGAAGUUAGGCUAUAACACUAGUAAAAUGUAAUAAAUGGAAUAUUCUAUAUUAUAAAA